GGUGUCUUCCUUCACGAGGCGACUUCCGCAUUCGCUGCACUGCGGACUUCCUGGAGUGGCUUCUUUGGUUGUAGUCGGUCAUAGCGCAUCCAUUUUUGGUGUAUGUCCAUGCAAGUGGCUCUGGGUGGACGUACCUAUCGCGCUGUUCUGACGGGAAGCAUCCCGACUUAGACGUGGUUAAGAUUUUGUUAUGGGAGGACUCGGAAAUGGUCGUCGAGGAGGGAGGUCCCCUCCUGUCCUUAUUGGUGCAUUAAUAGCAUGUUUGAUUGUUUUAGGUUUUAAUUACUGGAUUUCAAACUCACGCAAUGUUGCUCUGCAGGCACGAAUAUAUGAAUUGGAAUCAAAGGUUCGAAGAGCAGCAGCAGAGCGGGGUGCUGUAGAGCUGAAGAAGAAUGAAUUUCAAGGGCAACUAGAAAAUCAACGAGAUCAAAUUAGUCGGAUUGAGUCACUCCACCACGAGCAAAUGGACAGUGCACGUAAAACUUGGGAAGAUGAAAAGGCUUUACUGCAGCUCAACAUGUCUUCAAGUGCUCUGAUGAUUCAGCAAGCCAAAGACCAGUAUAAUAAUCUUUUAAAUGAUUAUGGAAAAUUACAAGUGGAGCUGCAGGAGUGUCAGAAGAAUCAAAAUAAUUUGGAGAAAAGACUGCAAAAUGAAACACUCGAGUGCAAUAUCCGGAUGAAUGAAAUAUCUAAGGAAUAUGAAGAAAAGAUUCAACAACAACAAAAGAAUUCGGGAAGCGCUGGCUCUAAACCUCCAUUGGUUGCUCAAAGUGAAAAGAAAAAACAAAGUAGUGUAAAUGUGACAAAUCAAAAUCUAACACCUGAGGGAAAAAUAUCAAAUAGUCUCAGUAAACAACCAGAUAAUCCAGAGAAAGAUGACUCUAAAGCAAAACAAAAUCCUGAGAUAAACAAUAAUGUGAUGGAAGAUGAAAAUGAAAUUCCUGAGAAUACAAAACAAAAGUCAAAUAUUGAAGGUGCACAGUCAAUUUCUACUAAACCGCUUCAGAGUGUGGAAGACCAAGAAAAGCUGAAAGUUAAUGAAAAUUCAAUUUUUAAAGAUGAAUUACAGAAUCCAGGAAAAGUAAAUGAAGGUACAUUAACUGACACAGCGCGAUUAAAUGAAGAACAUGAAAAUGAUAUAAUUCAAACAAAAGGAACAGAGGAAGAAGUUCAAGAAGAAGAACUCAUUAAGAAUGGUUUAGAGAUCUUUGAUGAUUCUCCAGAUGAUAUGUUAUUUGAUGGAGGUAAGCAGAAUAACAAUCCCGAUGUAGAAAUGGACCAGCAAGACAAUAAGGCUGAUUACAAUGGUGAUGACGACAAUGUUGGCGAGUUUGAAGCUGAUAAACAGGCUGCCUUAGCAGAACACAAAGACUCUGAACAAAGAGAUGAAACUGAACAGGAUCACCAUUAACAGGAGAAAUAUAAUUAACUUGGUAAAUGGAGUGAGCAUGCUCUAUUCAUAUAGUGGUUUGAGAUUACGUCUAAUAAGUGCUUCCAAGGAAAUGAAUGUGGUAUCUCUUGAACAUUACUGGUACACAUUCAGCCUCUUUUGCCAUUUUUCUAAAAUGCGCCAAAUCACUAGGAUGAAGAAUAUGCUUUGAACUGCAUUAAGAUAAAAAAGCAAUGUAUGUAAUACCUAGGUAAGAACUUGGUCCUGAAAGGAUGUCUGACAGAUCAAAAAAUUGACAGUACCUAAAUCUAUUACAAAAUGUAAUACCUAAUAUUUGACAUUUGAUAAAUAUUUUGUUUUAUUUUAGUGAAGUUAACAGAUUUUCUAUUUCUACAAUGAAAAGCUUUUUUUUUUUUUUUCUUUUUUUAUAAGUAAACUUUUUUUAUGGGGUUGCUACACAAAGCAAAAAAAUCUUGCCUAUCAAUAGUUAUUUCUAUGCUGCUGUGUAUAGUUGUUAGUACAUUUAUACUUAUGUAUUAAUGCCUUAAAUGAAAUACGUAAUAGUUUAAAUUAUACUUUGAACAUACUGUAUAUUUGCAAAAUAAGCCUAAGAAAAAAAAACAUACUGUAUGUUGACAAAUAGAUGUAUAUAUAAGGAACAUGAAGUUAGAAUUUAAAAUGCAUUGCAUUAGGAGGGAAGAAAACAAAACCAGAGUUAAAUUUAGCAAAUUAAAAGAGCAAUGACAGGUUAUGUCCAUUUUCCUUGGAGCAAUGUAGCAGGUAACUGGCCAGCUGCAUUAAUACACUUUUCAUAAUAUAUGUUCUGUGUCUGUGUUGUCUUAAUUUAUUUAUUUUUUUAAUUAUUAUUACAUACUUGUAGUUUUACAGUACAGACCCAUAACCAAUUUUUAGAGCAUUGCAUUGUUAUCCUCUUUAGAAGACUCAAACUAGUGUCAAAAGUUUGAAUGUUGCUUUGAUUACCACAGAGCCAUGUCAUAAGGAAGUAUGGCAAAAUAUACCAAGAUCCGUAACUUUAGUGGCAUUUAUUGUUAAUGUACUCACUGACUUUGUAUUUAUAUGUUUGGUUUUAACUGGAUGGGAUGUCUAAAAGGCAUUGAGCUGUGACGGACAAAUCUUAAUUUUUACAUCCUCUUGAUUCCCCUUAUGCCACACAUGCACACCUUACUCUUCAUUGGUUGUCUUGCCACUUUCUCUAUUCAUGAUUGUGGUAUCUUUCUUCCUAAACCCAAGUAUUGGGUGCAUUCCUUCUCAUAAGCAUAAUUUUCCCAGCAUUUAUUUAUUUAAUGUUCUUUAGAGAAACAGCAGGAAGCAAGUUUCAGUAACCUGUGUUUCCUAGUGCCACAGUAGCCCAUAUCACAUCACGUUAGACUGAACCACCAUGUUUUGUACUCGUUUGAGCUUCUGUUAAUGUAGUAGCCAAGCACAUUUGGUUCACUGGGCUGUCACACUGUUUUGUGGUUUUAAUCAAAGACUCCAUAUAUAAGUAUGUACAAUAUAACAAGUACCCAACAUGUUCUUAAUUCAACAUGUUGCAUGGACCUUUCAUUGCAUAUUAAAAAUGUUUUUAUAUCUGUUGUAGUUUUUAAAAAUACAUUUCUAUUUUUGCAUUACGUCCUGUAAUUUUUAUCUUAGUGUUCCUUAUUGUAUAGUCAAAGAAGGAAUCAUUAGUUGGUUAUUACUGUCUAUAACACUACCUCCUCCACUUUCAUCAGUUAUAAUUGAAAUUUUGACAUACAACAAAGCUUUCCUUUAUUUAUGAGCUCAAUAUUCUCAAAAUUGGUAUGCAUGCAGAAUUUCUAUUUCUCAGUUUUAGGUUUGGCCUUGUGAAUUUCAAAUAGAGGCAAACAGUGAUUCAUAAUGCAUUAUACUUUUUUCUUUAUGAAAGUUUCAAAGCAUAAUCUGUACACAAAAAUUGAUUUGAACACUUACAAUUUUAUUAUAAAACUAGCACAUAGAUCAUUGAGCCAAAUAAAUUUUAGUGUAUAGUAUAUUGUGUAUACUUCAUUGGUAGAUAAGCAUUCAUUUUACUGAGAUGAUCUGUGGAUGUAUGUGAAAGUAUUUAUAUUAAUUUUUAUUUAGUAUGGAAGGAAAAAGUUAUUUUUUUUUGGUUUAUAUUCCACAGAAGAUGCAUAGAACACAUGAUGAUGAACAGCUGUUUGAAUGUGUGUAUAUAUUUCAAAUUUAAUUUAAAGACAACCAUUUUCAGUUUCAGCUUAUGCACUCCAGUUUUAUUGUCAAAAUUAAAUGUUAUUUCAAAG